UGUCCCACUCAGCUGAAGCUCAGGUACGCGAAUCACGACCGAGGCACAGCCAUGUUCUUGCUCAUCAGUUGCUUUGCCCUUGUGGCCUCUGCAUUGGGGUGUGGAGUGCCUUCCAUCAAGCCCCAAGUGAGUGGAUAUAACAAGAUUGUAAAUGGGGAAAACGCUGUGUCUGGAUCCUGGCCUUGGCAGGUUUCACUUCAGGAUACCAGUGGGUUCCACUUCUGUGGAGGUUCACUGAUCAACCAGAACUGGGUUGUAACUGCUGCCCACUGCCGUGUGAAUCCAUCAUCCCACCGUGUGAUCCUGGGUGAAUAUGAUCGUCAGUACAAUAGUGAACCAAUUCAGAUCAAGUCCAUUUCCAGGGCUAUUACUCACCCCUACUACAACUCCCAGAACUUUAACAAUGACAUCACGCUUCUGAGACUGUCCUCCCCAGCACAGCUGAAUACCCGUGUGUCACCUGUGUGCCUGCCCUCCUCCACCAGCAGUCUCCCCGCUGGAACAAAAUGUGUCACCACUGGAUGGGGCCGGACUGGACAAACCUCAACCCCUCGCUACCUCCAGCAGACUGCCGUGCCCCUGCUCAGCCCUGAGCAGUGCAAGAGCUACUGGGGUUUUAAUAGAAUCACUGAUGCCAUGAUCUGUGCUGGUGCUUCUGGAGUGUCCUCCUGCCAGGGUGACUCUGGUGGCCCUCUGGUCUGUGAGAGCAGUAGCGUAUGGUACCUUAUUGGUAUUGUGUCCUGGGGUACCAGUAACUGCAAUGUCUAUGCUCCUGCCGUGUAUUCCCGUGUGACCUACCUGCGCGGCUGGAUUGACCAAACUCUUGCUUACAACUGAUGUGGAAAUACAAACAGAAUCUGCAACACGCACACACACACACACACACACACACACACACACACACACACACACACACACACACACACACACAUCCAUAGGCUGCUCAUUAACACAC